AUGGAAGCAGGCUCAAAAGCAGCGACGCGACCACUGCUUCCUCACUCUCUCCUCCUACUUCUUCUGGCGAACGAUGCAAAGAGAGGAACUGAGUACGACGGUCGACAGGCUCUACAGCAGUUGGCGAUCGAGUAUGAGAAUAGCAGGGCAGCGAGCGGCGAGGAACAAGCAAGCAGAAGCGCUGUCGCCGGAAUGGCCCUGCAAAAUGAUCCUGCCCGGAUUUCUAGCUUCGAUAUAUGUGGCCUAGAUAUGCUGGUAAAUCUUAUAGCCAUCUCUCAGUCCUGA